AUGACCUGGUACGACCUGGCAUUGGUGAAGUCCAUUUCAACAACAACUGAAACGGAGAACGCUAGUACUGUGUGGGGUGCUCAAGAAGGUAACAAGCGUGGGGGCGGUCCCGCUCCAGCGGUUCCUGCACCUGUAGUCACUGUCGCCCACGGAACUGUGCCCAGUGCAGGGGCUCUGGUGGAGGUCACAAACGGAGAAGCCAGACUGCAUCAAAACGUCAUGCUCAAGCCGGACGCUUCGCUUGCAGAAAUGCGAAUCGACCCAGAGAAACUGGAGGAACUGGUGGUUAACGAGGCAGCUGUUCGCUACGACUCGUUUAUCGCCGACAUCAGCCACAAUUUUCGGUUUUCCGCCAACGUCGGCGCAGCCCUGGCCUCCUGGGUUCUGACGGGGGGGAGGUCGUUCACGGACACAGUGCUGCAGCCAGUAGCGGUUCCUGACUUUGUGUCAGAACUCCUACUGCUGCGAGAGCGCACGACCCGGAGGAUAGCAAAUGCAAAGCUGGUGGAAUCGGAAAUCGUACCGGACCGAGGUGAAAAACCCCUUCAAAUUGCAGGGUCUACUUCAUCGCGGCCUUCUUCACGGGCGAAACAAGAAGAGUGGCCUUCUGGAGCUAGAGUUCUAUCCGCUUUUGCGGUGCAGGUAAAGUUUCUGGCUCCCGCCGCAAAAUCUUCGCACCGUGAAAACUUGUACUGUGACCCUUUGCACGAGGUGUGUUUAGACGUCUUCUCGCACUCCUUCACCAUCGGGGCAGAACGUGACACCGAGGGGAGCGUGAGUUAUUUUCUUUUUGAUUCCAUGGGGCUCCGACGUGCGUCCGUGACGACUGCAAACACGGGCGCGGGGAAUACUUCGGGAAGUGCCUCGGGAGAAGUAGCCCUAGAGCAGCAAAAGUGCAAGCCACUAACGUUGCGUCGGGACCUCAGUGGGGCCGAUAUCGCGCAGCUGUUCGGCGAGUUCGUAGCUUUUUUUGAAACUAACACGCAGCCUGUUGCUGAUCACGGGGCAGAGGAUUCGGAGUCGGCUCGCCGCGUGCUGAAGUUUGCGACUUACGAGUUAGAUGCCGCUGUUCGAGAAGGUUUGGCCGAGAGAAUUACGACCUCGCACAUGAAGCUCAAUGAUGCUACCGAACUAGAGCGGGACUUCACCCUGCAUGUGGCGUUGCAACUUCAGGAACGACGAAUGGAUCCGGCCAAAGCAAAACGCUGGAAAGACAAAUGGAACGAAAUUUUGCUUCACCAGAUCAUGUUCGCGUACAAUUCUGAAGGCGGUCCGGGUGAGGGAAGUGCGUUUCCGGUCAUCGAGAACGUGUGGAAGAUUCCUCUUCACCUGUAA